CGAUACAACUGUGGCUAUCACAUGGGAAGCUGUUCCUGCAGAAGCUAUUGUCAGUCCUAUGGCGACUGCUGCCAUGACUUUAGCUAUUACUGCCCAACAACUUCUUAUCCAGUAUCAACCACAGCUCAGCCGUCGUGUCGUCACAAUUGUGGUUCUCACAUGGGAAGCUGCUCCUGCGCAAGUUCAUGUGAAUACAGGGGAAAUUGUUGUCAUGACUAUUAUCCUUACUGCUAUGAAACCACCUACCCACCUGCUCACCAUACCACAGAGUGGGUCACAUGCCGUUACAACUGUGGCAGACACUUUGGAAGCUGCUCCUGCUCAAGCUCUUGUCAAUACAACGGGAACUGCUGCCACGACUACUACUCCUACUGUUCAUCCUCAACACCUUCAGUGGGUUCCUGUGGAGGCUCUUUGUCAGGUUCUGGCACAUUUUCGAGCCCUAAUCACCCCAACUACUACCCUGACAAUGCCUACUGUGUUUGGCAGCUCAGAGCUGCGAACGACCAAAGAAUCUUCCUGGCAUUCACAUACCUACAGCUGGAGAACUGCUGCUCCUGUGACUACAUUUCAAUCUAUGAUGGGCCGUCUGUUAGUUCACGAUAUUUGGGGAAAGUGUGCAACAACAGUCUGAGCACUUUUACGUCAACUUCCAACUACAUGACUGUGCUCUUCCGUACGGACGGUUCUGUGGUUGGCCGAGGCUUCCUUGCUGAGUUUAUGAGCUCUUUGAAACCAAGCUCAGGUCGAGUAAACUGCUCCUCAGACAACAUGAACAUCGUGAUCGAUAGAUCAUACCUGAACUCUCUGGGCUAUGACGGCCACAGCUUGUACCUGAACGAUCCGCACUGCAGACCCCAGGUUUCCAGUCACCAGGUGGUCUUCAGUUACUCCCUUAACACUUGUGGCAACAUCAGAAAGCUUGACAAAGGCAGAAUAACGUACACAAACAGCAUUCGAGCCUACCCCUCCACAUAUGGAGAGAUUACACGUCAAACUCACCUUAAGAUGGAUGUCAACUGUCUGAUGGAGCCAGACUCGGUUUCCCAGAUUCUGUUUGAAAUCAGACAUGGUGGUAAUGGCACCAUCUCUGGUUCUGGAAGAUACAACACCAGCAUGGCUUUCUACACAUCCCCCAGCUUCUCCUAUGAGGUCACUCAGGUCCCAUAUGAGGUUACACUCAACCAGGACUUGUAUGUGCAAGUGGACACGAGGAGGCACGACAGCAGUCUGGUCCUGUUUCUCGACACCUGCGUGACUUCCCCAACACCGUUUGAUUUCCAUACUAGGCCAUACUAUUUGGUUCGUGACGGAUGUCGUGCUGAUGACACCUACCGGUCGAUCAUCUCUGGCACGUCAUACCGGGCCCGUUUCACGUUCAAAGCCUUUAAGUUUCUGCGAGCCACAGAAGCAGUGUACAUUCAGUGCAAGGUUCUGAUAUGCCCCGCUUCGGACAGCAACUCUCGCUGCCGCCGAGGCUGCAGCAGACGUGUGGCCAGAGAGCUGGAGUCAAAACAUCACAGCCACACUCUGGUUGUGGGUCCCAUUAAGCUCAAGGACUCUGAGGAAAAGGAAAAGGWGGAGCCUGAAAAGGAGAACAAGGCCUAACUUGAUCAUCCUUUGCCAUGCUUUAAUUAACUUUCUGCUGUUUCUGUUGAGACUAUUUCCUUUCUCUGACUUUACCGGUACUACCCAAUUAAAUGCAUCAUGAAAAGACGGUCUGUGUGUUUGURUCAUUAUGUCAAAUACACAACAAAAAGAAAAGAAAGACUCGCUGAAGUUCAGAUAGAAAACACUUUACUUAUAAAUUAGUAAUCAGUUUCACAAUAAAAUGAUUUACCAUCUCAGCUCAGAAAGAUGGUGAUCGCCAAAAGGCGGAAACAUUCACCGUUACCUAUGAACCUACGACACAUUGAGAACAUAUAAGGCAGCCUUUACUGAGUGUCCCAUUACUGUUAAAGAUCAUUAACAAGGAGGGGCUCCUAAAACCAACUACAUCCUCUACACAUGUUGCAAAGCAACAGACAACAGUGCCCAAAGACAAACAACAACCCCACUGACGUAGCAGUCUUAUGAUUUAGCUUUUUUCUGACACUGAACAUCUAUAAAACCAUUCAGAAUACAAUACUCAGUAAAUAUUAUAUAUAUAAAAACACUGGGAUUCAUAAAAUCAAAGGAAAGUCUCAGUCUGAGUUGUUAUAAAGGCUCAAACAUGGCAACCUCMGUGCUACGUGGCAAUCCUGAAAAAGUCACAAGACAUAAAAUUUGAUUUGCCUAAAUAAAGAGGCACUGGAUAUCAAAACGACUUCGGUUAAUAUAAAAACAAAAAACAAA